AAACCCGUAAAUAUUAAUUGUUGUUAUUCUUACUGGCAAAAUAUUAUUAUGGAAUCUAAUCAUAGACUGAAAAAAAUAAUUGCCCUUUUUGAAUGGUGAUGCUGAUGGGGAUCUUUCUUUUUUGUUUUUCUCGUGAAAACAUAAGCCUUUAUCGUGAAUCUUGGCUGCUUCUUCCAUCUUUUUCUAGAGCCCUCUGAUCUGAAGGACAAAAAAUUGUUCUUGGUAGUUAAAGAUGUUUCAUUUAAUGUCUAAUUUGCUUGAAAACAGUAUGAAAUCUAGUGGUGAAAAUCUGUCUACUGCUAUUGUUCCUUUGAUGAAACUUCUGUCUCUUACGGUUAUCGGUUCGAUUCUUGCACACCCCAUAACCCAAAUUACCCCCAAAGCAACUUUUAAGCUUUUGAGUAAGCUAGUUUUUGCUCUGUUCCUGCCAUGCCUGAUUUUUACGGAGCUCGGCGAAAAUAUUACAUUGGCAAACUUUAAGCUUUGGUGGUUUAUCCCUGUUAAUGUGCUGGUUAGUACAGUCAUUGGAUUCUUUCUUGGGUUGUUAGUUGUGGCUAUAUGUCGCCCGCCGCCGCAGUUUAAUAGAUUCACUAUUAUUAUGACUGCCUUUGGGAAUACUGGAAAUCUUCCUAUAGCUAUUGUUGAAUCGGUAUGUCAUACUAAGGAUAGUCCGUUUGGUCCUAAUUGCCAUUCGAGAGGAGUGGCGUAUGUGUCUUUUGCUCAAUGGGUUGCUGUAAUUUUGGUUUACACCCUUGUUUAUCAUAUGAUGGAGCCACCGAUGCAGUUUUACGAGGUUGUUGACGAAGGUUCUGAAAUUGAGGAGCUACAGCCGAGUAGUGAUGCCAGUAGGCCACUUCUUGUAGAAGCAGAAUGGCCUGGCAUUGAGGAUAAAGAAACUGAACAUACUAAGACUCCUUUUAUUGCUCGGAUUUUCAAUAGCAUAUCGUCCCGUUCGCAGACUAAUUUUCCGGAUCUUGAUCUCAAUGGAGAGAGUUCCUCAACCAGUCCGAGAUCCAUUAGCUGUUUAGCUGAGCCGAGAGUUGUGAGGAGAAUCAGAAUUGUUGCUGAACAAACUCCGAUACAACACAUACUUCAACCUCCGACAAUUGCUUCUCUAUUAGCUAUCAUUAUCGGAUUGGUGCCUCAGCUAAAAGCAAUAGUCUUCGGAUACGAUGCUCCAUUAUCCUUUAUCACUGAUAGUUUAGAAAUUUUAGCAGGAGCUAUGGUGCCUUCAGUGAUGCUUAUUCUCGGAGGUAUGCUUGCGGAGGGGCCGAAAGAGUCUGCCCUUGGUUUGCGAACAACUAUCGGCAUAAGCGUAGCAAGGCUUUUGGUGCUUCCUCUGCUGGGAAUCGGUGUAGUAGCAGCGGCGGAUAAGCUGAAUUUUCUUGUAAACGGUGACGCAAUGUACAGAUUCGUGCUUUUGUUACAGUACACCACGCCGAGUGCCAUUUUACUGGGAGCAAUUGCCAGCUUGAGGGGGUAUGCGGUGAAGGAAGCUUCUGCUCUUCUCUUCUGGCAGCACAUUUUUGCUCUUUUCUCACUUACCUUGUAUAUUGUCAUCUACUUUAAAUUACUUACAUACAUUUAAGUUUUUGCUUUGUAUGAUAUGGUUCUAUUUAUUCGACUGUAUGCGGAACUAGGCGGGGACAAGGUGGGCAGCCGCUACUCCAGUCACGCUGCCGCUUACCCCAUUGAUUAUUUGAAAUAUUUUUCUCUUAUUUUA